GGGCGUGCUCGACGCCACGUCCUGUCAAGAUGGUGCUGGUGGAGCACGUUGUGGCCGACGCCGGGGCCUUCCUGCGGGACGCGGCCCUUCAGGACAUCGGGAAAACCAUCUACACCAUCCGGGAGGUGGUGACGGAGAUCCGCGACAAGGCGACCCGGCGGCGCCUCGCCGUCCUGCCCUACGAGCUGCACUUCAAGGAGCCCUACCCCGAGUACGUGAGGCUAGUGACUGAGUUUUCCAAGAAGACUGGUGAUUACCCCAGCCUUUCAGCCACAGAUAUCCAGGUGCUGGCCUUGACUUACCAAUUGGAGGCAGAACUUGUUGGGGUGGCUCACCUGAAGAAAGAGCCAGAGGCAAAGGUUCAGGUGAGCUCAUCAUCGCUUCAUCCAGAAAAUCCUCUGCAUAUUCCUGGUUUUCACCUGCCUUCUAAGCCCAAACUCCCAGAGGAAACAGUAGGUCAUGUGCCUCCUGCUGCCCAGCCUGCUGAGAACCUCGAGUAUAAUUCCUUUCUGUUCUGGAGAAACCCUUUGCCCAAUAUUGAUGUCGAUCUUCAGGAGCUGACGGUGGGGGCAGAUCAGAGUGUCCUAAGUGAGGAAGAAGAGAAUGGAAGUGGAGAAAAGAGGGAAGGUAGUGCUGCCGAGGGUGACGACGGCGAUGACGAGGAUGAGGGUGAAGAUGAAGAUGGAGGAUGGAUAACACCCAGCAAUAUUAAACAAGUCCAGCAAGAACUGGGACAGUAUGACAGUCCUGAUAACGUUCAGGUUGGCUGUGUAACCACAGACUUUGCCAUGCAGAAUGUUCUGCUCCAGAUGGGGCUUCAUGUGCUCGCAGUAAAUGGGAUGCUCAUCCGAGAGGCCAGAAGCUACAUCCUGCGUUGUCACGGCUGUUUCAAGACCACCUCUGACAUGACCAGGGUCUUUUGUGCACAUUGUGGAAAUAGAACACUAAAAAAAGUGGCCGUGACCGUCAAUGACGAUGGCAGCCUUCACAUGCACUUCUCCCGUAACCCCAAGGUGCUGAAUGCACGAGGCCUUCGGUAUUCACUUCCUGCUCCCAGAGGAGGGAAGCAUGCCAACAACCCCCACCUGACAGAGGACCAGCGAUUCCCACAGCAGCGCCUGUCCCGAAAGGCCAGGCAGAAAACCAAUGUGUUCGAUCCUGAUUACAUAGCGGGGGUAUCUCCCUUUGUAGAGAACGACAUCUACAGCCGGGCGGCCAUGCUCCAGAUCAGAGACAGUGAGUUGGGUGCCGGAAGGAGGCGGUUGAACCCCAAUGCUUCCACAAAGAAAUUUGUGAAAAAGAGGUGAAGGAAAUAAGGGGAGCCCAAGGAUGAGGCUGAAUGACUGCCCCUGGAGUGACCUUUCUCAGCUGUCUGUUUUCAAAGGCUUUUGGAAGGCAAGAAUAAUGGGUCAGGAGGUUAUGUGUGACUCUGGCCUUGAGGACACUUCUAUUAGGACUUGGCAGCUGGGAUAAAACUGGAUGUUGGCUUUAUCUCCAGUGAACUCUGGACUGCCCCGUGGUCUGUCGAUGUCCAAGUGGCCUGACUUCCCACCACUUUAAAUGGAAUUUGUAAAGAAAGAAUCGUGCCCACAGCACCUCUAUUUUCAUGUCCCUUUAAAGGGGGAGUGCCGUCUCCCAGUAUUUUUCUAAUAAAUAUUUUGUUCAGA